AGAAAAGUUAACCAUACUGUGUAUCAUAAUAUUGAAUAAUUAUUUUGAAAACAUUGAAACUAUGUCUAUGUCUGGCGAUGAUAUAGUGAUCAGCGGAAUGUCGGGUCGAUUCCCGCUGUCGGACAGUGUGGACGAGUUCGCCCGCAAUCUCUUCGCUGGUGUCGAUCUCAUCACCGAAAGCGACAGUCGUUGGCCUAAAGAUUUCUGUGACAUAUCCUCCCGAAUGGCACGCAUUGAGAGUUACGACAGAUUUGACGCCAAUUUCUUUGGCCUCACGACAGAAGUGGCCGAAGAUAUGGACCCACAGAGCCGUAUGCUAUUGGAGGUCGCAUUUGAGGCCAUUAUGGACUCCGGCAUGAAUCCACAAUUGCUAUCCAAUAGUAAUACCGGUGUUUACAUUGGUAAUGGAGUGUAUAAAUUUACGGACGGGUAUAAUGACUAUCCCCACGAUGGCCACCUGACACAGUGCACCAAUGGCUCGAACAAACAGAUUGUGAAUAUACAAUGUUUUCUAUCGGAAAACAUAUCAUACUAUAUGAACCUCAAGGGCCCGUCCAUUGUGGUGGACACGGCCUGUUCCUCCAGUCUGAGCGCACUUAACAUUGCAAUCAAUGAUUUGUUAUUAGGGAAAACGGACCGGGCGAUCGUCGGGGGAACUCAUAUGCUAUUCAAUCCUAUAUUUUCGCAAUACUUUCAAUAUAUGGGUAUAUAUUCUCCGAGAGGUGUGUCCGCCGUAUUGGACGAGUCGGCGGACGGGUAUGUGAAAGGGGACGCCGUGUGCUGUCUAUUCAUACAGCGAGCUAAUGAUGCGCGCAGAGUGUACGGGCGGGUGGUGUCGGCCCGCAUGGGAAUGGAUGGCUACAAGACUUCCGGCAAACUCUUCCCCUCCAGCGAAGCCCAGGAGGCGCUUAUGAUAGAGACGUAUAAAUGUGAAAAUAUUGAUCCCUUAAAACUGACAUAUUUUGAGGCACAUGCGACCGGCACCAAG